AUGGCCAUGCUUGCUGAGCAGACAAGUUUUACUAGGAAGACAAAGUGGUCAACUGCUAAAAAGCUUCUUGAAAAUGAUGAACGAUACAAAGCAGUUGAGAGCUCAUCGUCAAGGGAACAAAUGUUCCGUGACCAUGUAGAGAAAUUGGGCGAUGAAAGUUUAUCAGACAUUGAAGAAGAGGCGGAACGUGAAAAACGCCUUGCUGCAGAUGCUGCGAUUGCCGCCAGACAACGAGAGGUGGAAGCUGAACUAGGUGAUAAACUUCGAGAACGCGAUUUGGAAAGUGAACGUCACCGUAUGCAAGAACACCAAGAACGAUUCAAUGCCCUUCUUGUUGACUUGGUAAAAUCGGCCGAGGCAACUUGGCAUGAGACGAGACGUAUUCUGCGCAAAGACGAACGAUAUGCAGAAUGCGACUUAUUGGACAAGGAGAAGAAAGAAAGCGCAUUUAAUGAACAUAUCCGAAACCUUGAAAAGAAACGACGAGACGCUUUCUUUGCUGUUUUGGAUGAACAUCCAAAAAUUACAACUCAAACGCGUUGGAAGGAAGCUAGACGUAUCAUUCAAGAUGAGGAAGAAACAUUCUCAAAGGUGGCCAGUAAUAGCGAGAGGAAAGUUGAGAGAGAUUAUCGUGACUGGCAGGAGCUACGGCACGACAAUGCUGUACGUGAGUUCAAAGACUUGCUCAAAGAGACCAAAAUCAUUACAUAUAAGAGCAAACGCAUGAUCGAGGAAAAUGAACAACAUUUGAAGGAUAUUCUGGCUGUUCUUGAGAACGACAAGCGAUGGAUGCGUAUGUCUGAGAAUCACGCUUCGGAACGUGAUAGAAUCCUUGAUGAGUAUAUUGAAGUGCUGCACAGGAAAGGAACACCGCCCCCACCUACGCAACAAGAGCGUGAAAGGCGUAGAAAAGAGACUGCUUAA